AUGAACAAUGUCAAAGACGUGGAAGCUGGAUUACCUCCAAAGGAUAACCAAUGCGGCUGGAACUGGGCGUCUAUAUUUAUCGGGGGAUGCGGUCCUGACGGAAACAAAAAGUGCAAAGACGACUUUGAUAAGGAAGUAGAUACAAAAUUCCCAUAUGGAGAGGAAUUGCCUUAUAGUUGCAAGUGUGAUAACUUCCUUGACAAACAUUUAUGCCGAUGUAAUGUUCCCCGGUUGGAUUUUUUUGACGGGGCAUGCGGUCCUGACGGAAACAAAACAUGCAUAAAUGAAGUUGUUAAGAAAGGAGGUGAAGGGAAAAAUAAGCCUUCUAGUUGCGAGUGUACUGAAUACCUCACUCAGCAUGUAUGCCGAUGUAAUCUUCUUCCUUGCUAG